GCAAAUCAAAUUGCCAUCAAGACCAAAACACUGUACCCAGGAUAUGACUUUGACAAUUUGCCCAUUUUGCAUGACUUGGCCAUAGUGGAGCUCAGUAGCAUCAUCAAUUUCGGAUCCAAGUUGAAUGCUAUCAGCAUCAGGCAGGAAAAUAGCUGUUGUCUCACAGCACUAACUACCACUUAUCAAGGGCAGACUCUCAAGGUUGAUGGCUAUGGUCUGGAUCAGAAUGUGAAUAUCACCAGUCAAGAUCCCAUAGCUCUUGCAACAUCUUUGGCAAAGCCACUGAUUCAGACCAGACUGAAAACUUACUCAUCAGUGGCUCUAUCUGACACUGACUGCUCCAGCAAAAUUGCCAGCGUUGCCAACCUUGGAACUGGGACACCUUUUGACUCAGCACUGUUGGUAGGAGUCACCAACCAGAUGAUCUGCUUGAACUCAGUUUCUGGAUCUGGAGCAUGCUUUAUUGAUAAUGGUGGACCAAUGAUCAACUCAGAAGGAAAAUUGGUUGGGGUUUUGGGGCUGCUGCUCAAUUGUGGAGACCCUGCUUCAGUCACUGUUGGCAAUGAACUCUCUGGAGAACACCUCAUUUGGGCUGUUUCUCAAUCAAAUUUCAUAGACCUCAUAGUUGAGGCAGCUACAAAAUGUGAACAGGCUGUUUCUCAAUCAAAUUUCAUAGACCUCAUAGUUGAGGCAGCUACAAACUGGGUUCAGACUUUAUUCAGUCUAAACAGAGGCCCAGAAAGGAUCAUGGGAGGGUCAACCAUCACAUUCAGAACUAAAUCCCCUUAUUCAGCAUACAUAGCCAUUCAACCCAUAGAUUUCAUCAUCCUCAACAAGUACAUCAGGUUCCCACUCUGCACAGCAUCCAUUCUCACCACCACAAAACUCAUCACUGGAGCAUCCUGCUUCAAGGUUUUUGAAAGCAUGUCAAGGGUAGCUGUGAUAGGAGCCCUGAAGGCACUCAAUACAGAGUUGGGAACUCUUCAAAUGGAAAUCAAGGACACCAAGAUGUAUCCAGGCUAUGACUUUGACAAAAUGCCAUUGCUGCAUGACUUGGCCAUUGUGGAGAUUUACAGGACCAUCAACUUUGGGAUAAAAUGGAAUGCCAUCACCCUCAGGCAAGACAAUAACUGUUGUCUCAAUUCAGCAACUACAACUUAUGAAGGGGAGACCCUCAUGGUUCAUGGAUAUGACCCAAUGGCCUUGGCAAGUUCAUUGGCCAUACCAUUGAUCCAGAGCAGACUGAAAAGUUACAGUGAAGUUGCUUUGUCUGACACCAGCUGUUCCAGCAAAAUAGCCAGUGUUGCCAAUCUAGGAACUGGUACUGGAUUUGAUUCAGCUCUCUUGGCAGGAGUAAGUAACCAGCUGAUCUGCUUGUCUCCAACUUCUGGAUCAGGCCCAUGCUUUAUGGACAAUGGGGCACCCAUGAUGAACUCAGCAGGGCAAUUGGUUGGAGUUCUGAGCCUCUUGCUCAAUUGUGGAGACCCUGAGUCACUGACAGUUGGGAAUGAACUUUCUGGAGAUCAUUUGACCUGGGUUAAACAACAAACUGGUCUCUGAGCUUCAAUGUGAAUUCAUUCAGCCUUUUUGAAGGGUCCAGAAAUAAAGGGCUUUAUUGAAAGCAACAGCACAAA